AUGUUCAGCCGACGAUUCGAGCCUCCGCCAUCCUCGAGCAAGAGUUUUUCCAAGGGUCACAAAGUCAGCAAGUCCAGUUCGUCAUUCAGCAAGAGCCAUGCCGGCGUCGCAAAAAGUCGUCAUGAAUCCUCUCGUCGACGCCCAAGCACAGCCGCCGCCCAGGACCCCUCUACUCCGUCAAGCACCUUGACUCCAUCCAUCAUAACCCUCAUCGUCGGCACAGAACAACGUGUCUUCGCUGCGCACGAAGAUGUCUUGGGCGUCUCGCCUUGGUUUCAAUCGACCCUGUCGUCAAUGUUCAUGGACACCGACUCCGCUGCCAACAAGCGCAUCCAUCUUCCCGACGAAGAACCCGAGAUCUUCAGCUCAAUCCUGGAGUACAUGUACAAAGGCGACUACUAUCCCCGCUUGAUUCACAAUAAGAAGCGGAACUCGUGGGAGAUUGAGCAGCCCGACGAGGGUCGCAACGCCUUGGAAGCCACCAUCUACCAUCAUGCCACCGAUGGCGAUAUCCUCAAGGACACGGUCAUCUACUGUGCUGCCGAGAAGUUUGGGCUCGACGAGCUCAAGCGGGUCGCUUUGCGCAAGCAGGGUCUCCAGUCUGGCAUCCAGUGCAGCACCAUAUUGGCAUCGGCUCGCUACGCCUACAACCACACGCCCGAUACGGACUCGAAGCUGCGAGCUCACUAUCUCGCCCUCAUCAUCCGGAGCCGGAGCACUUUCAAGCGAAGCGGCACAAUGCAACUCGAGAUGUUGAACGGCGGCACCCAGCUGUUCUUUGACCUGUUCGUUGCCCUCUGCAACCACGUAGAUGACAUCUCAAGUGCCCAAAGCACACCUCGCAGCAAUCGCCACUUCUUCUAG